ACAAAAACGCUAAAAAUCUCAAACACAAUCUAAUGAAAAACAAAAGCUUUUAAGUUUAAAAAAAAUAAAUAACGUUUGUUUUGGUACGCGCUCUGAUUUUGAUGAAUUUCUCUGAAUUUGGGACAAAAAUUUAUUGAACUACAGUUCAAUAGGAAUGGACUUGAAAAAGAAAAAAACGCCCGCGAAGAAGAUGCCGUCCUCAGUUGGUUUACUUCGCAAGCAGGUAAGUGAACUGAAAUCGGAAUGGAUGCGUCUGGAGGGCGACCGCAUACAGUUGGCCGUGCGCUACACGGAUUUGAUGAGCCAGUGGAGUUCCAUUUCCUGCACGUACGUGGGUGCCAUACGCGAACGAGACGAAACAAUCGAAAAACUGCUCAAGAGUUCUGGUCUCCCGUCGCCAUCCCCCGGCAUACUAAAGAACGAGAAGGAGCUUCGUGAUAUGGUUUUCGAGACGGCCGAGAAGGAGAUACAGACAGAACUAUGGUGAUUUUUGAUUGAUGGUUUUAAUCGCGCAUAUAUUUAAGAAUUACAUUUGCAACCAAUUACAAAACAAUAAAACAAGGUACAAAAUAAAAUGCUCAACCACUGACGUUCAAACUCA